CCCAACUCCCCUCUUUUUGGUCACUUCCUGCAUCUUUGGUAGAAGAAUGGAAGCACCGCUUUUGACCAAAACUUCAACCUCAGAUUCUGACUAUUUGGCCGUGAAGAGCUUGAAGGAGGCUAACUCAAUUUUCUGGUCAGAAACAGUGGUGCUAUGGAAAAUAGCAGUACCAGCUGCACUAACCGCACUGUUUCAAUUCUUGUUAAACUCUUCCACCACCAUCUAUGCUGGUCAUUUAGGAGACGCUGAGCUCUCUUCCAUCUCUCUCUAUUCCAGUGUCAUGUGUGCCAUCUGCUUUGCUUUGAUUUUUGGGAUGUCUGCUGGGCUGGGAACGCUUUGCGGGCAAGCUUAUGGAGCAGGGAAAGUUCAAUCUCUUGGAAUUUACCUGCAAAGGUCAUGGAUUGUUGCACUCAUCCUUGUUAUAAUUCUCUUGCCUCUCUAUGUAUAUGCCACUCCAUUCUUAAAACUACUAGGCCAAGAAAAUGACAUAGCUGAACUGGCUGGCCACUAUUCAAUACUAUCCAUUCCCUAUUUGUUUUCCUACACCAUCAAUUAUCCCACCCAGAGAUUCCUUCAGGUCCAGAGUAAGGUUAAUGUGAUCAUGUUCAUAGCAUUUAUAGCCUUAGUUAUACACAAUGUGCUUCUUUACCUUUUCAUCUAUGUCCUCUCCUGGGGUAUAACCGGGGCAGCUAUGGCUUCUAACCUCUCAUCGUGGGUGGUUGCUGGGGGUCAAGUUAUCUAUGCUGUGGGUUGGUGUAAGGAAGCGUGGACCGGGUUGUCAUGGCUAGCUUUCAAGGAUCUAUGGGGCUUUGCGAGGCUAGCUAUUGCCUCAUCUCUAAUGAUGUGCUUUGAGCAAUUUUACAACCCUUGCAUUAUACUCCUCGCUGGUCUACUUGACAAUCCUGUAAUUGCUGUUGGUUCAUAUUCUAUCUGCCUGAACUUCGCAGGUUGGCAAAUGAUGCUGCUAAUUGGAGUGAAUAUUGCUGUUAGUGUUCGGAUCUCCAAUAAGAUAGGAAUGCAGCAUCCGAGAGCUGCUAAGUACUCUUUCUUGGUGACUAUGUUCCACUCUCUCCUCUUAGGGAUGGUGUGCAUGAUUGCUAUUUUCUUAAGUAGAGACAAUCUUGCUAUUAUCUUCUCAAACAGUAGGAAUAUGCAAUUAGCUGUGGCUGAACUAGCAUACCUUCUAGGUCUAUCGAUGCUUAUAAAUAGUGCUUCACAAGUGUUGUCAGGUGUUGCCAUUGGAAGUGGAUGGCAAGUGAAGGUAGCUUACAUUAACUUAACCUGCUAUUAUGUGGUUGGUAUCCCCCUUGGACUUUUACUCGGUUUCACGGCCAAAGCAGGGGUCAAGGGUCUAUGGGGAGGCACACUGUGUGGCAGUAUCCUUCAGGUGUUGUGCCUUUUAUCUGUAAUUUGGAAGACCAAUUGGACCAAAGAGGUGGAGCAAACAGCGAAGCGUAUGCAAGGCUCUCAGUUGGACCCGGUUAAGCCAUAAAAAGCAGCAUGGUGGCCAAUGUUAGUGUGUCACAUGAGACAUUCUAUAUUACAGUACUGUUAGAAUAAUCUGUUUUGUGGAAUUUUAUUACGUUCUUGUUGUAUUAAAUAAAUGUUGUCAGAUUAUUGGGGUGAGAAGAUACUCAAUCGAGAUCACUCUGAGUUGCUGACUGAUGCUGAGUUGUUUGAGCAUUGUGUGUUGAAGAAUAACAUGGUGAAGUUCCAUGAAGGUUGAAGAACUCAGAAUUGAAAUCAAUCAUCAUGCUGCAUUCCAAUUGAAAAUGCUAGCUCGUCUUUGGAAACUAAUCAAUUUCAUUAAGCCUUGGGUUGGACCGUGGAUGAACUUGUUUGAUGAUCGAAGUCCACAGCAGAGAAACUCCACUAAAUCUUGGAGGCAUAAUUCAUAUUAAGAUUUAAGGCUACAAAGACUAGAGACUUUGAAGGAUGAUUUCAAAGGGAUAUGUUGCAGUUACUAUAGGAAGCUUUUGGUAGUUUCUUGUCAUUUUAUUGUGUUGUUAAUUGUAGAUAGGCAGUUAUUUGUGAUACAAAUCGCGUUCAUUAGAA